UGUUUUUGGAGUUUUAUGGACAAGGAGAAGAUUUGGUAGUGGAAACAUGUCUGUGCCUGAUGGCAAGAAAUUGGUGCGAAGCCCCAGUGGACUUCGAAUGGUGCCGGAAAAUGGGGCAUUCAACAGUCCAUUUUCAUUAGACGAGCCUUUAUGGGUCCCUGAUAAAGAGUGCCCACGAUGUAUGCAGUGUGAUGCCAAAUUCGACUUCCUCACCAGAAAGCACCACUGUAGACGCUGUGGACGUUGUUUCUGCGACAAGUGCUGCAGUAAGAAGAUGGCCUUGCCCAGGAUGUGCUUUGUGGACCCGGUAAGGCAGUGCGGAGACUGCAGCCAGGUCUCCCAGAAGGAAGUGGAGUUUUACGACAAGCAGCUGAAAGUGCUGGUUGGGGGUGGGACAUUCAUUGUCACUUUAGGCACGUCAGAGAAGUCUGAGGACAUGAUGUGUCGUCUUUCCAACAACCACAGGUAUCUCUUCUUAGACGGGGAAAGCCAUUUUGAGGUGGAGCUGUCUCGGAUUUCUAGUAUGCAGGUUUUGACUGAGGCAACGACACCAGGAGGGGGAAACACCAGAGUAUGUGGCAUGCUGCUCCACUACAAACCCAUGGUCUCCCAGGACCCAGAGCAGCUACGCAUGGAGGUAGCCGACGACAAGAAGACGGCCUCAGCAUGGCUAGCUGCCAUGCACAAGGCUGCCAAGCUGCUGUAUGAAGCUAGGGACCAGUGAGGUGGGGAAGAACCCAAGAGAGAGAGAGAGCUCCCAUCUAGCAGAGUGGGGGGGCAGCACAGACCCAAGUCUUUCCUUUCCUCCAGUCUGACAGGAUCUCCUACUGCCUAAAAUACUUUACCUUUGGUCACUCGCUUGAACUGCAAUGGUCAGUUUUCCCUUCAUGACCAUUCAAGUGAAAUUAUGUUCUCAUGUGCUUGAUGUAGGAUCUGAGUCACAUGGUUCAAGUGAAGUGUCUUUGUACAUACAGUCUAUACUUAGCUUUCAGCUACACAUUUGCAGAUAAGCCAUUAGACCACCAAGUCUAAGGGAACCACAGAAUAUUCACUGAUUCUAGUGAUAUAUGUACACACAUACACACUUUAAUAAAUGCUUUAAGUGUAGCCCCAUGUAUUGGAUUUUGUAUGAAUUAUUUUGUUAAAUAUUCCUAUUUUAACACAAAACGCUGUCUAUGUAUGUAUGUACUUUUUACUGCUAAAGUAUUACUAUCGUUUUUGUAGCACUUGGGGACAAUACAUUCUUUUUUUCCUACACUAAAAUGAUGAUGUAAACAUUUUGUUUCUAUGUCAGCUGGUUUACUUACCAGUUGUGUAACUGAAUUGCACAGCCACAAACCUUUUUAAGAAAGUCCUUAAUUUAAGUACACUAAAGGAAGGUUAAUGAAAUGUCUCAUUAUUUUGGUUUUGUAGCUUUCACCCCACUUUUGUCAUACUAUGCCAAAAAGUAUAUAAGUUCUAUAAGAUAAUUAUUUCCGAUAUGAAAUGUUUUUAUUUUAAUUGUGCAUUGUUCACCCUCUACUGAAUGUACACGGUUUUGGGUUUUGUCUAUUAAUGCCCCAUAUAUUUGAUACAUCUCAAUCAAGGCUACAUGAUUCACUUGUAUGUGUGAUGACUAUGAUUCCUAAUCAUACACUGUAUGUACUUAAUGUUCACCUGUGUCUGAGUUUGAGAUGUUGCUCUUGACAACAAUGUCAAUUUGACAUAUUCGGCAAGUUUUAGUAUUACUGCACUUUAUGGUCUCCCUUUAUAGAGUAAUCGUCUUUCCAUUUUUUAUCAGUGAAGAAAGGUUUACACCGUUCGAUUCUAACAGAAUAAAAGUGUUUGUAACCACAA